CCUACACGUAGGCUCACGCGGCUCACGCGCCUGCUCUCUCCUCUCUCUCUCUCAGAAUGACACCUCUAGGUAUUGCUUUGGGUAUGGUUUUCUAUUUACUUCAAGCCGUUUCUGGAGAAAGUGGCUAUGCAGAGAAUGGAGACUUUGACGAUGCAGAAAUGGAUGACUACUCAUUCUCGUGCUACAGUCAGCUGGAAGUGGAUGGAUCCCAGCACCUGAUGACCUGUGCAUUUGACGACCCGGACGUCAACAGCACCAAUAUGGAAUUUGAAAUAUGUGGGGCCCUUUUGGAGGUAGAUUGCCUGACUUUUAAUAAACUGCAAGGGAUGUAUCUCAUCAAGACAAAGAAAUUCUUACUGAUUGGAGACAGUAAAAUAUGUGUGAAGCUUGGAAGAAAAAGCAUGACUUGCAAAAAAAUGAACAUAGUCAAAAUAGUUAAACCUGAGGCUCCUUUUGACAUAAGAGUCGUCUAUCGCAAGGGAGCAAAUGACUUUGAGGUGACAUUUAAUACAUCGCACUUACAAAAGAAGUAUGUGAAAGAAUUAAUGCAUGAGGUAGCCUACCGUCAGGAAAAAAAUGAAAAUGAAUGGAUGCACAUGAAUUUAUCCAGUACAAAGUUGAUGCUCCUGCAGAGAAAGUUACAACCCAAUGCAAUGUAUGAGAUUAAAGCUCGGUCCAUCCCUAACACCAACUAUUUUGAAGGCUUCUGGAGUGAAUGGAGUCCAAGUUUCCACUUCAGAACUCCAGAGACCAAUGGCCCAGGGGAGAUGGAUCCUGUUUUACUAAUUAUCAUCAUUCUGAGUUUCUUCUCUGUGGCUCUGAUGGUCGUUCUGGCCUGUGUGUUGUGGGAAAAAAGAAUCAAGCCUAUCAUAUGGCCCAGUCUCCCUGAUCAUAAGGAGACUCUGGAGCAACUGUGCAAGAAACCAAAAAAAAAUUUGAAUGUGAGUUUCAAUCCUGAAAGUUUCCUGGACUGCCAGAUUCAUAAGGUGGAUGGCAUUCAAGCUAGAGAUGAAGCAGAAGGCUUUCUGCAAGACCCUCUUCCUCCACAGCUAGAGGAGUCUGAGAAGGCGAGGCUCGGAGGGGGUAUGCAGGGCCCCAACUGGCCCUCCGAGCAUGUAGGCAUCAGCCCAAAAACUUUCAGAAGAGAGUCGUCAUUCAGGUGCCUGGCUGGGAACAUCAGUGUGUGUGAUGCCCCUGGGCUCCCCUUCUCCACGUCCCCAGGCUGCAAGGAAGGUGGCAAGAAUGGGCCUCUCCUGUACCAAGACCUGCUGCUUGGCCCUGGAACUACAAACAGCACCCUGCCCCCUCUGUUUCCAUUCCAACCCGGAACCCUGGCAUUGAACCCUGCUGCCCAGGGGCAGUCCAUCCUCACUUCCUUGGUAUCAAAUCAAGAAGAAGCCUAUGUCACCAUGUCCAGCUUCUACCAAAACCAGUGAAUUGCAAGAAACUGACGGCCAGAACCAUCAUGAUGAACAAAGAUAACCGAGUCCCCCUCUCCCUCACAGCACAAAGAAGACAAAAUGAA